AUGAUAAAAUAUUUCCUUUUAUUUAUAUUUGUUUCUGGUACAAUAGGAAUUCAUAAAUUUCCAAAGUAUGCUAAGAAGCCAGAUAGUUCUGGUUAUUAUUAUGAUACAAAAACAUUUACAGUACCAGUUGAUGAAUUUUCUGAAUCUAUUAUGGAUACAUAUGAUAUGAAAUAUUUAAUCAAUGAUACUUAUUACAAAUCUGGAGGACCAAUGUUUUUUUAUACAGGAAAUGAGGGAUUUAUUGAGUCAUUUGCUGAUAACACAGGAAUAAUGUGGGAUCUUGCACCAUUAUAUAAUGCUUUAAUUGUCUUUGCAGAACAUAGAUAUUAUGGGCUUCCACAAAAUAGACCUUUUGGAAAAGAUUCAAAAUCUUCUAUUAAUCAUAUUGGUUACCUCACACCAAAUCAAGCAUUAGCUGAUUAUGCUAAACUUAUUACUUAUCUUAAAAAUUCUGUAUAUAAUAAUACUAAUAUGAAAGUAAUUUCAUUUGGUGGCUCAUAUGGUGGUAUGCUUAGUUUUUGGUUUAGAAUCAAAUAUCCUCAUAUAGUUGAUGGUGCAUGGGCAUCAUCUGCUCCAGUUAUUUAUUUUGAAGGAUCUCAUAUUGAUUGGGGUGCUUUUGAUAAAAUAACAACAAGAACAUUUGCUGCAUCUGGAUGUAAUACAGAUAUGAUAUAUAAAGGUUGGAUUGCAUUACAGAAUAUUUCAAAAACUCAAAACGGAAUUGCCUGGAUUAAUAAAAAUUUUAAUAUUGAUAAAAAAUCUUUUUUAGCUAAACCAUCUGAUGUUAGUAAUGUUAUAUCAUAUAUUCAAGAAGCAUUUGAAUAUAUGGCUAUGACAGAUUAUGGUUAUAGUACAAAUUUUCUUAAACUUAUGCCUGGUUUACCUGUUCAAGUUGCUUGCCAAUAUUUAAAUAAAACUUUUACUGAUGAUAAAGAUCUUGCAAUGGCAAUAUAUAAAGCUGCUAUGAUUUAUUAUAAUUAUAAUAAUCCAAAUGGAACAAAUUGUGUUAAUCCACAAUUAUGUGGUGAUGAAGGUGUUGCAAGUCUUGGUGAUCCUGAUUAUUGGAAUUGGCAAGAAUGUACUUCACUUGUUAUUACCCAAUGUUCAAAAGGACCAAAAAAUGAUAUGUUUUUACCAAAUUGUGGUAAAGGACCAAUAGAUAAUAUGCUUCAAUCAUGUCCAAUUACAUUUAAAAAAAUUAAUUGGAGUGCUAAAUAUUUGAAACCAACAGAAAUUCCAACAACUUUUGGUUUAACAUUUAACAGUAUUUCCAAUGUUAUUUUAACUACCGGAACAUAUGAUCCAUGGUAUAGUGGUUGCCUUAAAUCUAGUAUGACAGGAAUGAAAGAAGCACAAGCAAGUAGAGCAUUUUAUGUAUUUGAAAUUGAUGGUGCAGCUCAUCAUGCUGAUUUACGUCAACCAAAUAGCUGUGAUUCACCUAAUCUCGUUAGAGCAAGGUUUGAGAUAACUCGUAUUAUUAAUUGUUGGGUUAAUCCAUCAGAUUCAAAAUGUAAAAAUUUCCCAUUUAGCAUUAAUGAUUUUGGUUCAUUCAAGCCACAAAAUACCGAUAAUUGUUCCUAUUUGCAUGGUGGUUAUCCAUGGGGACAAAAGGAAACUAUAAAUGGUGUAACAAAAUCUAAUAUAAUUUCUUUUAAUAACAUUUUCUUAAUAGCAUUAAUUACCUUUUUUUAUAACUUUUUUUAA